AUGUCUAUUCAUUUCUUCUUCAGUUGGAUACUGAUGCUGCUUCUUGUAGGUUGUGCAGAAUGUGGGCAAACAGUAGGAGUGAUGGGUCUUUCUGUCACCUUACCCUGUUUCUACUCAGUUCCUGAUGAAACACAUCUUACAUCCAUGUGCUGGGGUCGUGGAGUGUGCCCUCUGAAUAGAUGUGGGGAUGAAAUCAUCUGGACCGAUGGGAGGGAAGUGACCUAUCGAAGGAGCAGCAGAUACCAGUUGAAAGGGGAUCUCCUCAAAGGAGAGGUCUCCCUGACUAUAGCAAAUGUGACCGGUGCAGAUGGCGGAAUGUACUGCUGCCGGGUGGAGUGUACUGGUUGGUUUAAUGAUAAGAAAGUUAACCUACAGUUGGUGAUUGAGCAAGCCAGCAAUUCCACUGAUCUACUGCCAGCCAAGGACUUCCCUUCAGGAAUACCAAUUUAUGUCUCCACGGAAGGCUACGGCUCAGCCAGAAAUUCCACUGCUCUAUCUCCAGCCAAGGACUUCCCUUCAAUAAUUCCAACAUAUGCCCCCAUGGAACGAUACAGCUCAGCUCCUUUUAUUUCAACUCUGAGAACAGAGGUGGCAGGAUCCUCUGAAACAUCGGUUCAAAUGAAUGGGACCCAGUCCAGCGACCAGUGUUGCCCAAUAGCUGUGAACAUACCAGUAACACAGACUUUGGAUGGCCUUCGAAAUAGAAAUCAAACAGAAAUGACAACAGCACCAGAUCCAUGGAUGACCAGCAGCAAGGGGCUAUAUAUUGGAGUCAGUGUUUUUGCGGGAGCCCUUCUCAGCCUUAUUUUAGUUAUCCUUAUUUUCAAAUGGCAUAUUCACAACCGAAAGAAGAUGCAGAGCUUAAGUUUAAUUUCACUCUAUAGCCCUCCACCCACUGGAAUACGGACUGCAAUGGAGGCAGGCAUUCGUGCGGAAGAAAAUGCAUACACCGUUGAGGAAAAUGCUUAUACCACUGAGGAAAAUGAGUUCACCACAGAGGACAAUGCCUAUAUUAUCGGAUGA